AUGGCCGCCCAGCGCCUGGAGUGCCCCGUCUGCCUGGAGGUGCAGGACGGGCGGCAGCACCAGUGCCGGGAGGGCCACGUCUUCUGCGCCUCCUGUGACUCCAGCCUGCGAGCCCCGCGCCUCUGCCCCGAGUGCCGCAUGGCUCUCGGACCGCUGAGCCAGGCAAUCCGAAACAGAAGCCACGAGGAGCGGAUCGCGGCGCUGCCGGCGGCGUGUUCGCACUGCGGGCUGGCGACGACGCGCGGCGAAGUCGCCGCCCACGAGCAAGGCUGCCCGCAGCGGCCGCGCACGUGUCCCGCGGCGGAGGCUGGCUGUGCGUGGUCGGGGCUGCUGGCAGACAAGGCGGCGCACGAGGCGACGUGCCCCUUCGCCGUGUGCCAGCGCAUGAUGGCGCCGCUGCGAGCCCAAGUGGCGGCGCAAGGUGCUGAGAACGAGCGGCUGCAAGCCCAGUUGGCGCCGCUGCAAGCCCAGUUGGCGCCGCUGCAAGCCCAGGUGGCGCCGCUGCAGGCCCAGGUGGCGCCGCUGCAGACCGAGGUGGCGGAACUGCGGGCGGAGAACUCCCUGCUGCGGUCGCGCGUGGCGGCGCUGGAGGCUGGCGAGGGCGGCGAGGAGGGAGGGCGGCGGGUGCGGCAGCGCGUUGGCGCCGCGCCGCAUGACGCGCCUCCGAGCAAUGCGGAGGUGCGGGCGAUGGACGUUGCGGCGGCGGCGGCGGUGCUGCGGGCGCACGUGUCGGUCAGCCGCGUUGCUGUUGCGGCGUGCGAGCGCUUGGCGGAACUGUGCAUGGAUGAACAGAACGAUCAUCUGGCGGCGGAGGCGGGCGCGAUCGAGGCGGUUGCGGCGGCGAUGCAGGCUUACCCGCAGGAGGCGGAGGUGCAGAGGCAUGGCUGCACGACGCUGCGCAUCGUGUGCUUCGGCAACGACGCCGCAGGGCUCGCACGCAAGCAGCGCGCAGCAGGCGCGGGCGCGAUCGAGGCGGUGGCGGCGGCGAUGCAUGCUCACUUGCAGGUGGCGGGCGUGCAGGAGCAUGGCUGCACGACGCUGACCAACGUGUGCUCCGGCGACGACGCCGCAGGGCGCGCACGCAUGCAGCGCGUAGCCGACGCGGGCGCGAUCGAGGCGGUGGCGGCGGCGAUGCAGGCUCACUUGCAGGUGGCGGGCGUGCAGGAGCAUGGCUGCGGGGCGCUGGGCAUCGUUUGCUGCGGCACCGACGCCGCAGGGCUCGCACGCAAGCAGCGCGCAGCAGGCGCGGGCGCGAUCGAGGCGGUUGCGGCGGCGAUGCAGGCUCACCCGCAGGUGGCGAGGGUGCAACAGCAAGGCUGUUUGGCGCUGUGCAUCGUUUGCUGCGGCACCGACGCCGCAGGGCUCGCACGCAGCCAGCGCGUAGCCGACGCGGGCGCGAUCGAGGCAAUAGUGGCUGCGAUGCAGGCUCACUCGCUGGUGGCGGGCAUGCAGGAGCAAGGCUGCGCGGCGCUGGCCAACGUGUGCUCUGGCACCGACGCCGCAGGGCGCGCACGCAAGCAGCGCGCAGCAGGCGCGGGCGCGAUCGAGGCGGUUGCGGCGGCGCUGCAGGCUCACCCGCAGGUGGCGAGGGUGCAAGAGCAAGGCUGUUUGGCGCUGCGCAUCGUGUGCUGCGGCACCGACGCCGCAGGGCUCGCACGCAGCCAGCGCGUAGCCGACGCGGGCGCGAUCGAGGCAAUAGUGGCGGCGAUGCAGGCUCACUUGCUGGUGGCGGGCUUGCAGGAGCAAGGCUGCGCGGCGCUGGCCAACGUGUGCUCUGGCACCGACGCCGCAGGGCGCGCACGCAAGCAGCGCGCAGCAGGCGCGGGCGCGAUCGAGGCGGUGGCGGCGGCGAUGCAGGCGCACCCGCAGGUGGCGAGCGUGCAGGCGCAAGGACAGCGCUUGCGCGAUCUGCUUGCCUGA